UUAUGAAAAGGUGUGACCGGAAAAGGUGUUGACGCAGAUUGUCGCUGUCAACAGAACUGAGCAGGUCUGCGACAUCCACAGGCAUCACGAAGCUCGGCGGCUGAUUUCGAAGCUCCUCAGUCACGGACUCUGGCUGCUUCUCUGUGGACAUUGCAGCUGUGUGUGCAUCUCAGACAUCACUGUGCUGUGUGUGUGUGAGUGGGUGUCAGCGGUGUGAUGUCUUCGGAGCUGCUGGUAGAUCUGGGUGAAGACCCGGCGGCGCAGUUAGGUCAGCUGAAACUGGCAACGCUGGAGGACCAGCAGUGGCCCGCAGAUGACGCAACACUCAGCAAGUCAGAGACGGACAUUUCCCAACCGUUUGAUGCCGCCUCCCCCCAUCUGCCCUGGGACCACCCCUUCUAUGACAUCGCCAGGCAUCAGAUCAUCGAAGUAGCCGGUGAUGAUAAUUAUGGCCGGAAGGUGAUAGUGUUUAACGCGUGCAGGAUGCCCCCUCAACAUGAACUGGACCAUCACAAGCUGCUGAUGUAUCUUAAAGGAACACUGGAUCAGUACGUUGAAAGCGAUUACACUCUGAUCUACUUCCAUCAUGGGCUGACCAGUGAAAACAAACCUUCCCUCAGCUGGCUGCGAGACGCAUACAGGGAGUUUGAUAGAAAGUAUAAGAAGAACAUCAAAGCUCUGUACAUCGUCCAUCCCACCAUGUUCAUCAAGACUCUACUGAUCCUCUUCAAGCCAAUUAUCAGCUUCAAGUUUGGACGGAAGAUCAACUAUGUGAGCUAUCUGAGUGAACUGGAGGAUGUGGUCAAGUGUGAGCAGCUUCUCAUCCCAGCCCGAGUCAAAGAGUACGACAACAAACUGAGAGCGUCUUUGAAACCAACCACCCAGCCCCCCAUGUCUCCGCCUCGCAGCCCCCCCCUUCCCAACCAGGUCUUCGGAGUGUCACUUGUUCUUCUCAGACAGAGGAACCCAGAUGGUGAUCCAGUUCCAGUGGUGAUGAGAGACACCAUCAGCUUCCUUUCAGAUCAAGGUUUGGAGAUUGAAGGGAUCUUCAGACGAUCUGCUAAUGUAACUCUGGUGAAGGACGUCCAGCUCAGAUACAACUCAGGUGCAGCCGUGGAUUUCAGGGAGAUGGAGGACGUCCACUUGGCUGCUGUGAUUCUGAAGACGUUCCUGAGGGAACUGCCCGAGCCGCUGCUCACCUACCAACUGUACAACGACAUUGUCAACUUCACCUCUGUAUCCAGUGACAGCCAGGUGAUGGUUAUGAAGACGCUGUUAGAGUCACUGCCAGAGGAAAACUACGCAUCACUGAGAUACCUCAUCACGUUCCUGGCACAGGUAUCAGCCAACAGUGAAAUCAACAAGAUGACCAACAGUAAUCUGGCCGUGGUGUUCGGCCCCAACCUGCUGUGGGGACGGGACAAUGCCAUGUCACUCAGCGCCAUCGGGCCAAUCAACAACUUCACCAGAACCCUGCUGGACCAGCAGCAUCUGGUCUUCACCUAAACCCCCUCUUCUCCCCUCCGCCCUGCAUUUUCUCCUUCUCUACCCAAGUCCUUUGUUCCCAAUCGCCUUUAGGGCCCCAGCAUUUAAAACUCCAUCCAGACAUCACACACAGACACAGACACACAACAGCAUCUACAUGUACCCCCCCGUCAGUGUUAACACUGUGAUUAGCCUGUUAGCGGUGUGUGUCUUGUUUCAGACCAUCUCGUCUGCUGCUGGGUUUUGGCCCCGUUCACAGUCCAGUUCAGUGUCGAAUAACUCUAGACGCUGCACAGACCUCAAAUGGAAAUGGAAAUGGUACUGCAGUGAAAUACGUCACCCCAUAUCUACGGCUUUAAGCACAAACAAACCAGUCCAAUAUCUGCUCUCAUGCAGUGGGUGUUGAUAAUGUAGCAUUUGUCAAAAACAACAGGAAACAUCCCAUAUUUUUAACUUUUAACCUGGAGAUGCUCUUCUUAGUUCUGCUGAAACACCAAAUCAUACAUAGUGGUUUCCUCCCUUCUCACUGUUGAAACUCAUUUUAGUUCAGUGAGUUUGUAGAAGACGUAACAAAGUCAGGAGGUGAAUCUAAAGGGUGUUUUCCACCUGUUAGUUCAACCAAGGACCAAAACAGGGACCAUCUCAUUGCAUACUGUACAUUUGGUUUAGUUUAUUUUGAUAUGACAUCACACAUUGCAUUACAUACAUGUACUGUGUCCAACAUCAGCAUGUUGUUAAUUUGACUUAUGUUUAACCCUUCGGUAUCCGGUCCAUAGAGGUCCUCCUAAACACCAAAAGCGCGUAAUCUGCAUAGCCGCAUAAUAAUGUUACUUUUCGUACAGUUGGUUUUUACCUUUUACAUUUUUUGGUAUUUCAACUUGAGCCAUAAACAAAAAUACCAAAUAGUCAAUAAUUGUCAUAUUUUUUAGCUCUUUAAAUGCCAUAUUCAGAAUUUUUGUAAUUUUUUUAAGUAAAACAUGCCUUUUUUUUCCUCCAGUAGACUACAUAAAAAUUGGAUUGGUGUUUUUUGGUUUGUUUUUUGUUUUGCAGCCUGGCACAUGUCAAUGAUUAACAGCAACAUAAAUUAAUAUGAAUUAUUGUUUUUUGUGUCAACUUAAAUGCUAAAAUAUGUCAAUGGACAUUUUUUACUCACUUCGGAGAAGGGUGUUGGCAUAGUAAUUUAUAAAUGUGCUGAUUUUAGUGGCUAGGUCAGAAUUUAAAAAAUCAUCAACAACUUUUAAAUUCUGACUUAAAACAAAUUGUGAAAAAUAAUAUGACCUUUUGUAACAUAAAGUGCUAAGUAUACAUAACACGCUCAGCCAGAUACCGGAAGGUUAACUUCUUCCAUUUGUUUUCUUUCUUUUUUGGAUUCUUGUGAUUGGUCUGAAUAUCCGAACUGUCCCAAAAGGCUUUUCAAGCUGUAAACCGAACCCUGGUUCAAUUUAAACCAAAACACGACCCCCUCUUUUGGUCCACAUUAUAGUCCUGGGGAUGUCUGGAAACUGGAAUGUCCAGACCUUUGGACAUUCUACUUGCAGUCCAGUAUUUCUAGUUCUAUCCCUGCAUGUGCUGUUUUUCCCCCUCAGUCCAAAGCUGAACACAGUCUGGUACCAUCUUGUAUUUCUGUCGUCAGAUCAGAGCCGUCGGAAUUUGGGUUUUACAGUCACUAGACGUCGCUGGUGUUUGUCUGUACGUCUGAUGUGCUGUUGUUAAACCUCCUUUUUGGUGUUUUCUGCGUAGUGCCAAACA